UUUUUUUUUGUAAAUUGCUCAGUGUGGAGAGGCCCCGCCCUUCCGCGCUCAGCGGUGGGGCCACCCCUACCGCGCUCUCUGGCGGGUGUUCCUUCCCGGACGGCGCUGGAGGGCUUGGCAACGGCGGCCCAUGGGACCCGUGGAGCUGCCCGCCUGGCUGCAGCCCAGGUAUAGGAAGAAUGCCUAUCUUUUCGUCUAUUACUUAAUCCAGUUCUGUGGCCACUCGUGGAUAUUUACAAAUAUGACAGUCAGAUUCUUUUCAUUUGGAAAAGAUUCAAUGGUUGACACUUUUUAUGCAAUUGGACUGGUGAUGCGACUUUGCCAAUUGAUUUCCCUGUUGGAGUUGCUGCACAUAUAUGUUGGCAUUGAAUCAAACCAUCUUCUUCCUAGGUUUCUACAGCUCACCGAGAGAAUAAUCAUCCUCUUUGUGGUGAUCACCAGUCAAGAGGAAGUCCAAGAGAAAUAUGUUGUGUGUGUUUUAUUCAUCUUUUGGAAUCUAUUGGAUAUGGUUAGGUACACUUACAGCAUGUUAUCGGUCAUAGGAAUAUCCUAUGUUGUCUUGACAUGGCUCAGUCAAACACUUUGGAUGCCAAUUUAUCCUUUGUGUGUUCUUGCUGAAGCAUUUGCCGUCUAUCAGUCACUGCCUUAUUUUGAAUCAUUUGGCACUUACUCCACAAAGCUGCCCUUUGACUUAUUCAUUUAUUUCCCAUAUGUGCUGAAAAUAUAUCUUAUGAUGCUCUUUAUAGGUAUGUAUUUUACCUACAGUCAUCUUUACUCAGAAAGAAGAGACAUCCUCAAAGUCUUUCCCAUUAAAAAGAAGAAAAUAUGAAGCAUGGCAAACUGAUGGGACAUCAGAAAAGAGAGGCUUUUGGAUUCAACUAUAGUAAACAUGACAUAGGAAGUAUUCUGGUGGAAAAAUACCUGGUAUUUAACCAAAAUCCAUGAUGUGAAAUAAUUGCACUCCUCCUCAGAACUCUUGAUAUAUCACAGUGGUCUAUAUUUCUCACACAUUGUUUUUAGUAUGUAUACUCCUCACAAACCUGUUUCACCAAAGCUAUGGAUUGUGUACAUGUUAAGUGUAUAUUGUGCGAAAGCCUGAUUAUUUUUCUGUAAGGCUAAUCAGAAAUAGAAUUUUUAACUGGAAUAGAUUCAUUUAAACCAAGAAACCAAAGUUGGUAACCUGAAUUACAUAUAUUUCUUUUCACUUCUGAAUUCCAAAGUAGCAGCUAGUCUGUGGGAGGGGAGCGAUGUGAAAUAUGUUCUGCAACCUAUUUUAUAGACAGAUGUCACUUUUCCAGAAUUAAUACCCAUCCUAAACAGAAGACACACUUAGAAAAUUAAAUAUUCUUCCAAAUCCUGAAA